AUGAACCCUGCACAGGAGCUAUUUGGAGAUCAGCAGGAUGAUGAUCAUCAGCAGAAUUAUAUUCAUAUCCGGAACCAACAGCGGAAUGGCAGGAAGAGUCUGACCAUCAUCCAGGGUCUACCGAAACAAUUCAGCUCCAAGAAAAUCCUUAAGCAUUUCAAAAAGGUAGCAGAGGAGCGAGGGGCGGUCCCCAGAAGUGCACAAACCUUCUCACAGGAGUUCAAUUGCAAUGGCAGUAUUACGGAAGACCCCGAGUUCGGCAAGGUCAUUAUGAUCCAAGGGGACAAGCGAAAGUUGGUAGGAGACUUCUUGGUCCACGAGGGUAUUGCCGAAAAAGAUUUCGUUAAGGCAAGUUUAUGA